UGCGCCUUACACGUUUCUAAUCCAAUCACAUGCAUCUGCAGGUACCAACAUUCACCCAAUAGCUGCGGACCAUUUUAGGAUGAGUUUGAGCCAAUAGGAGGUGGCGUCUACCAGAACUUGUCGAAUAAGAACGCAGUUUGACUUGGCCACAGCAUGCCCACGUAGAUCGUCGGACGUGUAACUUAUAACGCACAGAGCUGAAGAAAUAGUAGGUAAAAUCUGAGCUAUGGGUGAGAUUGAGGGCACCUACAGUGCCCUUCAGACCCCUGGCACACGACUUGGAGCGCAUUUCAACACCAGUGUCAGCACUCUGGAGCCCGGGCAAAGCCUUAAAACGACUAUGGGAGCAGGAUGGAAAAGCCACACCAAGGGUCUGCAAAUCCGCGUUCAGGGACUGGAUGAUGCUCAGGAAUUCUUUGAGCUGGAGUUAAAGGCCGAUGGUCAGACUCUUUUAUCUGAAAUGUUUAGACGGAUCAAUCUUAUAGAGAGCGAUUACUUUGGUCUGGAGUUCCAGAACCUGCAGAUGAACUGGGUUUGGAUAGACCCCACCAAGCUCAUGGUGAAACAAGUCAGACGGCCGAUGAAUUCCCUCUUUCGAUUGUCUGUGAAGUUCUUUCCUCCUGAUCCGGGUCAGCUUCAGGAGGAGUUUACUAGGUACCUCUUUUCUCUGCAAAUCAAGAGGGAUCUAAGAGACGGAAGACUGAACUGUACAGAAAAUACUGCCGCCCUGCUGGUCUCUCAUUUGGUGCAAUCGGAUAUCGGGGAUUACGAUGACAUGGCAGACAGGGAAUUUCUAAAGAUGAAUAAAUUGCUGCCUUAUCAGGACCGUCUACAAGAGAAGAUCAUGGAACUCCACCGCAGAAACAUUGGGGAAACACCAGCAGAAUCAGAUUUCAAGGUUCUGGAGAUUGCUCGUAUACUGGAGAUGUAUGGGGUGCGCUUCCACCCCGCUGCUGAUCGAGAAGGCACCAAGAUCAACCUAUCUGUAGCCCACAUGGGCCUGCAGGUCUUUCAGGGCAACACCAAAAUCAACACAUUCAACUGGUCCAAGAUUCGGAAGUUGAGCUUUAAGAGGAAAAGAUUUCUAAUUAAACUCCAACCAGAAGUUCAUGGUCCUCAUCAGGAUACGCUGGAGUUUCUGAUGGCCAGUCGGGAUCAGUGUAAGAUCUUCUGGAAGAACUGUGUGGAGCAUCAUUCAUUUUUCCGUCUGUUAGAUCAGCCUCAGCCUAAAUCUAAAGCCAUUUUCUUCAACAGAGGGUCUUCAUUUAGAUACAGUGGGAGGACACAAAAACAGCUGGUCGAGUAUGUGAGGGACAGUGGGCUGAAAAGAACUCCCUACCAGAGGAGGAACAGUAACAUUUGCAUAUCAGCUCAUUCUUUGGCUUCUGAUGUUCUAAAACAGAAUCUGUCUUUCAAUGACAGUUUAAGGGCCCCUGUGUCGUCUGCCACCGCCUCCUUCCACUCCCUGCAUUCACCCAUGCUAAAGGAGACCCCAAACCAGGUCCAGCAUUUCCAGCAGACACAGCAGCCUGCCAGAGCACCCAGUCCCAUGAAGGACUCCAUCAAGACCAACUCUCAAUCCACCUACGCCUUCCCAGAUUCUACUAUUGAUAGCCAACAGCUGCCCCACUUUAACGCCAAGGGCCCGCUGUGCCUGUCACCCUCCUUCCAGAUGUCCACCCUCAGUCUUCCCGGACAGGCACCCUCACCCCUGCAAAGCCCCAUCCUGAAUGAGGUGGUCGCUGCCAGACUAGAUGAAGAGGAAGAGGGCAGGAGAAAGAGAUACCCUACAGAUAAAGCUUACUUCAUAGCUAAAGAGAUUCUGACAACAGAGCGAACGUAUCUCAAGGAUCUGGAGGUCAUCACAGUGUGGUUCCGCAGUGCAGUGAUUAAAGAAAACGUAAUGCCUGAGCGUCUCAUGAACCUCCUGUUCUCCAACAUUGACCCCAUCUAUGAGUUCCACAGAGGUUUCCUCAAAGAGAUCGACCAAAGGCUGACUCUUUGGGAGGGACGACGCAACGCUCAUGUCAAAGGAGAUUGCCAUCGAAUUGGAGACGUAAUGCUCUGUAACAUGUGUGCCCUGAAGGAGUUCACAGGCUAUCUGCAAAAGCAUGAUGAGGUGUUAACAGAGCUCGAGAAAGCAACAAAAUGUGUGAAGAAACUAGAAAUUGUGUAUAAAGAGUUUGAGCUGCAGAAGGUUUGCUACCUGCCUCUAAACAACUUCCUCCUGAAGCCUAUCCAGAGACUCAUGCACUACAAACUCAUACUGGAGCGACUGUGCAACCAUUAUACUCCCCAGCACAAAGACUACAAGGAUUGCAAAGAGGCUCUUAAGGAGGUGGCAGAGAUUGCAACUCAACUGCAGAGCAGUCUUAUUCGACUGGAGAACUUCCAGAAGCUGACAGAACUUCAGAGGGAUCUGAUAGGCAUUGAGAAACUUACAGCUCCAGGAAGAGAAUUCAUCAGGGAAGGUUGUCUCUACAAGCUCACCAAGAAGGGUCUGCAGCAGAGGAUGUUUUUCCUUUUUUCAGACAUGCUGCUUUACACAAGCAAAGGAGUGACGGCAACAAAUCAGUUCAAAGUUCAUGGACAGCUUCCUCUGUAUGGCAUGAUUCUCAUUGUGCUGGAUGCUCCGGUGGAGGAAAGCGAGAAUGAGUGGUUUGUUCCUCAUUGCUUCACUAUAUAUUCUGCUCAGAGGACCAUUGUCGUGGCAGCCAGCUCCAAAUUAGAGAUGAAGAAAUGGAUCGAAGAUCUUAACAAGGCAAUUGACAUGUCAAAGAAAAGUCAGGAGAAAUCAGAUCUUUUUUUGGAUCCCAGCCUGUGCGACCGUUGCAACAGGUCAUCGGAUGAGGUGUCUCUGGAACAUGAGUCAGAUGAUGACAUGAACUCCUCCCGCUGCUCUUUGGAUAAGCAGAGCCAUCACAGGGCCAACACCACCAUGCAUGUGUGCUGGCACCGCAACACCAGCGUCUCCAUGUAUGAUCACAGCCUAGGCGUGGAGAACCAGCUCUCUGGCUACCUCCUGAGAAAAUUCAAGAAUAGCAAUGGCUGGCAGAAACUCUGGGUCGUUUUUACCAACUUCUGCCUGUUCUUCUAUAAGACACACCAGGAUGACUUCCCUCUGGCCAGUCUGCCGUUGCUAGGUUACACGGUUACCAUCCCGGGGGAAUCAGAUAGCAUCUGUAGGGAGUAUGUCUUCAAGCUGCAAUUCAAAUCACAUGUGUACUUCUUUAGGGCAGAGAGCGAGUAUACAUUUGACAGAUGGAUGGAAGUAAUCAAAAGUGCUACGAACUCCGCAGGACGCAUGAGUCGGCUUGUGCCCAAAGGCCCAGCAGAGAUGAAUGGGGGGAGCUGAGUGUGUCAGACUGAGCUCUUGCAGCUGGGGGCUGGGCCCACAGUCUGCCAGAACCAAACAUUAUUACUUUAUUUUAUCCUUUCCGUUUUGUGGCUCUGGACUGUCUGUUAGUUAGCUGCUUGCUGGGAAUUUGAGCUGCUUAUUCAAACCUUGGACACUUUCUGUCUUUCUUUUACUCAUCUUCUUAGGAACUCAUUAAAAGGGUUGUCUGCUGAACCACAUUAGACUGAAAUAAUUCUUAAAGAGCCAUAUUACUGACUGAAAUAGGUUUGUGUGGUUUCUUUCAAGGUCCAGAGAAUAUUGUUCCAGGGUAUUAUUGCUGUAUUAAUUCUGUCAUAAGGACUCAUAGAUCAGAAAAAAAUAUUUUAUUUAAAUGUUAUGUCCAUGGACAACAGUGACUGAAUACUACUGGUGGCAGUGUUGACAUGCAGAGGGCUGAAUUAAGUCCAGUUGGAGCAGUAAGUGAAAUGAAAACACUGAAGUAGCAACACAUUAAUGGUGGUCAAACAUGUUUUCAGGCACAGGGUGUUGGGAAUUGGUUGAGUGACUGCCCCUUUAAAGUAAAAAUGGGCGAAAAUAUUAGAACAAGAGGAAAUUGAGAGAAAUGGAAAUGUUUUGAUGAUGAGGCAGACAUAUAAUUUAAUUAAAUUAGCUUGCAUAUUUUAUGCUA